AUGUCCAUGAGUGAGCGCAAGACCAUUGACCUAGAGCAAGGAUGGGAUUUCAUGCAGAAGGGCAUUAUGAAGCUGAAGAAUAUUCUAGAAGGGCUGCCUGAGCCUCAGUUCAGCUCGGAGGACUAUAUGAUGCUAUACACGACCAUAUACAACAUGUGCACUCAGAAGCCACCUCAUGACUAUUCCCAACAACUGUAUGACAAGUACAGGGAGUCCUUUGAAGAGUACAUCAUAUCAACGGUAUUACCCUCCUUGAGAGAGAAGCAUGAUGAAUUUAUGCUAAGAGAACUUGUUAAAAGGUGGGCAAACCAUAAAAUUAUGGUUAGGUGGCUUUCUCGUUUCUUUCACUACUUGGACCGCUACUUUAUUGCUCGGAGGUCACUUCCACCACUUCAUGAAGUGGGUUUGACAUGCUUCCGUGAUUUGGUUUAUAAGGAACUAAACGGGAAAGUCAGAGAUGCAGUGAUUUCCCUUAUUGAUCAAGAACGAGAAGGAGAGCAGAUUGACCGAGCUCUGUUGAAGAAUGUAUUAGAUAUAUUUGUUGAAAUUGGAAUGGGGCAAAUGGAUCAUUAUGAAAAUGAUUUUGAAGUUGCCAUGCUCAAGGACACUUCUGCUUAUUAUUCACGGAAGGCUUCAAAUUGGAUCCUCGAAGAUUCUUGUCCUGAUUAUAUGCUGAAGGCCGAGGAGUGCUUAAAACGGGAGAAAGAUAGGGUUGCCCAUUACUUGCACUCUAGUAGUGAGCCAAAAUUAUUAGAGAAAGUUCAACACGAACUGUUGUCUGUAUAUGCAAACCAACUCCUUGAAAAAGAGCAUUCAGGGUGUCAUGCCUUACUUAGAGAUGACAAGGUUGAAGAUUUGUCAAGGAUGUUCAGGCUCUUCUCUAAAAUUCCACGAGGCUUAGAUCCUGUUUCCAGUAUAUUUAAGCAGCAUGUCACAGCUGAAGGCAUGGCAUUAGUGAAGUUGGCUGAAGAUGCAGUGAGCACCAAAAAGGCGGAGAAAAAGGAUAUUGUUGGUUUACAGGAGCAGGUUUUUGUUCGGAAGGUGAUUGAGUUGCAUGACAAGUACCUGGCAUAUGUGAAUGAUUGUUUUCAAAAUCAUACUCUUUUCCACAAGGCUCUUAAGGAGGCUUUUGAGAUCUUUUGCAACAAGGGUGUUGCUGGAAGCUCAAGUGCGGAACUGCUUGCCACAUUUUGUGACAAUAUUCUUAAGAAAGGAGGAAGUGAAAAGUUGAGUGAUGAAGCAAUUGAAGAAACACUUGAAAAGGUUGUCAAGUUGCUUGCCUAUAUUAGCGACAAAGAUUUGUUUGCUGAAUUUUAUAGGAAGAAGCUAGCUCGAAGGCUCUUGUUUGACAAGAGUGCCAAUGAUGACCACGAGAGAAGUAUUUUAACAAAACUAAAGCAACAAUGUGGUGGUCAAUUUACCUCGAAGAUGGAAGGAAUGGUUACAGAUUUGACGCUUGCAAAGGAGAACCAAACAAGCUUUGAGGAGUAUUUAAGCAAUAAUCCUAAUGCAGACCCUGGAAUAGACUUGACAGUUACAGUUCUGACGACUGGCUUCUGGCCUAGUUACAAAUCUUUUGACCUCAAUCUUCCAGCAGAAAUGGUUAGAUGCGUUGAAGUUUUCAAGGAAUUUUAUCAAACAAAAACUAAGCACAGAAAACUUACAUGGAUUUAUUCGUUGGGAACCUGCAACAUAAGUGGGAAAUUUGAUCCAAAAACUGUGGAGCUGAUUGUAACAACUUACCAGGCUUCGGCAUUGCUUCUGUUUAAUUCCUCAGACAGACUGAGUUAUUCAGAGAUAAUGACUCAGUUAAAUUUAUCUGAUGAUGAUGUUAUAAGACUGCUCCACUCCUUGUCAUGUGCCAAGUACAAGAUUCUUAACAAGGAACCAAACACGAAAACGAUAUCUUCUACAGAUUUUUUUGAAUUUAAUUCAAAAUUUACGGACAAAAUGAGGAGGAUCAAGAUUCCUCUUCCUCCUGUUGAUGAGAAGAAAAAAGUAAUUGAGGAUGUUGACAAGGACAGAAGAUAUGCUAUUGAUGCCUCAAUUGUGCGUAUCAUGAAGAGUCGGAAAGUUUUAAAUUACCAACAGUUAGUAAUGGAGUGUGUUGAGCAGUUAGGUCGCAUGUUUAAGCCUGAUGUCAAGGCAAUUAAGAAGAGGAUUGAAGAUUUGAUCUCCCGAGACUACUUGGAAAGAGACAAAGAUAACGCAAAUCUGUUCAGGUAUUUGGCGUGA